AUGUCGUGUUAUCCCUCCUCCACGCAGAGGCGUCACUGGACCCUGUCCGCUGACGAGAUCGCGCGCCGUCGCUCCGAGGCUCGCGCGAGGGCGAUCGACGCCGCGAACGAGGCGCGCGCGGCGAGGGUCGGCGGCGCCCCGUUCGGGGAGGCCCCGACGAUCGAUCCGCCCACCCCGGACGAGGAAGCCCUCCUCCGGCGGUACUACGAGGUCAAGAUCCAGAAGGUGUGCCAGGCCUUCUCGCUCCCGACGAAGGUGCGGGCCACCGCGGUGGCGCUCUUCAAGCGAUUCCUCACGCGGACGUCCCCGCUCGACCGAUCGCACAGCCUGAAGGUCACCAUGCUCACCUCCAUAUACGUCGCGUGCAAGGUGGAGGAGAACUACGUCAGCGCCGAGGAGAUCGGCAAGGGCAUGCAGGAGGACCACAACAAGGUGCUCGCCGCGGAGCUCUCCAUCCUCGCGGGCCUCGAGUUCCAGCUCGUCACCUACUCCCCGUACAGAGCCGUCGACGCCCUGGCGCGAGAGAUGAUCGAUCCCAAACCCUCCGACGGCCUCGCCCCGCGCGCGCGCGCCGUGUGCGACGCCAUCAUGCUCACGGACGCGCCCCUCACCUUCCCGCCGGGCGUCCUCGCGCUCGCCGCUUUGAGAGCCGCCGCCGCCGAGUCGGACACGGACGCCGCCGCGGUGAACGCGCUGCUCGACCGCCUUGGAUCGGGCGACCUGUCCGACAAAAUGUCCGACAAAAUGGAAGGGACGUCGCGCGGGGUGGACCUCGCGGCGGAGCUCGACGAGGUGGCGGCGGCGCUCGCGACGCGGGGCGGCGAACCGGACGAGGACGCGGUUCGCGGGGUUGAUAAAAAACUUCGCGCGUGGCACCGGGCGCUGGCGGCGUCGGGGCGUGCGGGGGCCGGGGACGGGGGCGGGGGCGACGGGGACGGGGACGCGAGGGAGGGGAAGCGGCGGAAGAGCGCCGCGGACGAGAGGAGGCGGAAGGAGGACGCGGCUCUGGACGGACCCUGA